GCGAAUCCGCGGCCAACCGGCAGCGGCGGGAAGUCGGCGCCGGGGCUCUGCUUCCCUUGGGGAUCUGGUGUCAUGGCCAGAAGGGCUCUCAGACUUGCUUCAUGGACCAGCAUGGCCUUGCUGCCUCCGGCUUUUACCUCUACAGCAACAAGUACUUGGACCCUAGUGACUUUGGGGCCAUCAGGGUGGGCAGAGCAGUAGCUACGACAGCAGUCAUCAGUUAUGACUACCUUACCUCCCUGAGGAGUGUCCCCUACGGCUCAGAGGAGUACUUGCAGCUUCAAUCCAAGGUACACCUGCGCUCCGCCAGGCGUCUCUGUGAGCUGUGCUGUGCCAACCGGGGCACCUUCAUCAAGGUGGGCCAGCACCUGGCAGCUCUGGACUACCUUCUGCCGGAGGAGUACACCAGCACACUGAAGGUGCUGCACAGCCAGGCCCCGCAGAGCAGCAUGCAAGAGAUCCGCCAGGUCAUCCGUGAGGACCUGGGCAAAGAGAUCCACGAUUUGUUCGUGAGCUUCGAUGACACCCCUCUGGGGGCUGCCUCCCUGGCCCAGGUCCACAAGGCGGUGCUACAUGAUGGGCGCACUGUGGCUGUGAAGGUCCAGCACCCAAAGGUGCAGUCUCAGAGCUCCAAGGACAUUCUUCUGAUGGAGGUGCUCGUCCUGGCUGUGAAGCAGCUGUUUCCAGAGUUUGAGUUCAUGUGGCUGGUGGAUGAGGCCAAGAAGAAUCUGCCUUUGGAGCUGGAUUUCCUCAAUGAAGGGAGAAAUGCUGAGAAAGUGGCCCAGAUGCUCAAGCACUUUGACUUCUUAAAGGUCCCCCGAAUCUACUGGGAUCUUUCCACCAAGCGAGUCCUUCUGAUGGAGUUUGUGGACGGCGGGCAAGUCAACGACAGAGACUACAUGGAGAGGAACAAGAUUGAUGUCAAUGAGAUCUCUCGCCACCUGGGCAAGAUGUACAGUGAGAUGAUCUUUGUCAAUGGCUUUGUGCACUGCGACCCCCAUCCAGGCAACGUGCUGGUGCGGAAGCACCCGGACACGGGGAAGACUGAGGUCAUCCUCUUGGACCAUGGGCUCUAUCAGGUGCUCACAGAGGAGUUCCGACUAGAUUACUGCCACCUCUGGCAGUCACUGAUCUGGACUGACAUGAAGAGGGUGAAGAAGUACAGCCAGCGCCUGGGUGCUGGGGACCUCUACCCCUUGUUCGCCUGCAUGCUGACGGCCCGGUCGUGGGACUCAGUCAUCAGGGGCAUUGGCCAAGCUCCGGUCACUGCCACGGAGGACUUAGAGAUCCGCAACAACGCGGCCAACUACCUCCCCCAGAUCAGCCAGCUCCUCAACCACGUGCCACGGCAGAUGCUACUCAUCUUCAAGACCAACGACCUACUGCGUGGCAUCGAGGCCUCUCUGGGCACCCGCGCCAGUGCCAGCUCCUUCCUCAACAUGUCGCGCUGCUGCAUUAGGGCACUGGCCAUGCACCAGAAGAAGAAUACCUGCUCGUUCCUCAGAAGGACCCAGAUCUCGUUCAGCGAGGUCUUCAACUUAUGGCAGAUCAGCCUCCACGAACUCAUCCUGCACGUGAAGGGGCUGCGGCCGGCCCGCUGGGUCUCGGCGCUGCUCUGCUGGCUGUUUGCUGCUCUGCACUGAGUGGACUCGCUAGCCGCUACCCCUUUCUGGGGUGACAAGGAGUCUUUCACGCCUCGCUCUUCAGUCGUGUCUCCACCUGGUUGCCCUGUUUCUCCCAUGAGGCGGCCCGGAGUCCCCAUUCACGGCGUCACGUCCUCUACCUCUGGAAUUCCCGCACCGCAGCCCUUGUCGGGGGCCUGAGAGCUGCUCCAGGCAACAGGCUUCUCUCCCUGCCGGGGAGAAGGCACAGCAGCCUGCUUUCUCCUUCCCGUGUGCUGUGGGGUUGGUGUCUCCCCCUUGCUGUUAGCCCUUCCUGUGCUCAGGAGGGGCCGUGUGUCCACUGAGGGCAUGUUCGCUUUGGGAACUUGAACAUGGUGGGAGAGAAGCCCCGUCUCUGAGCUCAUGGUGCCCCUGAGCUGGCUAAGGAGGUGGCUGGCACCCCAGGCAGGCCCCACGGCCUCCCUGGGCUCCCCGCUGUCAAGGGAACCCUGUGGUGUUUUAGGGACUGUGUUUCCAUAAAUAAACCCUGAAGGGUUUCAGGGCAGGGCUGGUGGGUGGGAUUUUUACUGAGGUUGGAAGUGAAUCGUGUUGUCUAGCCUGUGACAGUAGACCUGGGUACCACGUGCCACUGUCUUCUGCUUGGCUUCAUGCCGCUGUGAUCCUUCUAGACUCUCACUGUGUGACCAUUUCCUGCUUUUCUCACCUUCUAAGACUGAGACCUUGGUUGCAGGAGUUAGGAGGCCCAAGGCUAGGAGCUCAGACUCUGCUGAAACCUUGUAUUUGAUCUCCUGCAUGCUCACCUCCUCCAGUGCCCUGGCCCUGACCUGUUCCAUGAAUUGUUUCCUGACUCACCCUUUGGUUUGCCGUUCGAUGACCAGACCCUGUCCUGGAGGCUGGAGUCCGAGCCUUAGUCACUGCGGCUCAGACUCCAAGCUGAAGCCCCGUCACCUGUCUGGACCCUGUCACCUGUCUGGACCCUGUGCUUCCAUCUAUUGCCUGCUGGCUUGGUGCCAGCACCUGUCCUGGACAACCUCUAGGCUUCAGACUCCAGCCUUGGCAGGUCCCAGCUCUUGCUGAGCACUGUGCUCAGAUGUUAAUUGUAUUUGAAUUUCUCCGAUCUUACUGCACCCCAUUCACAGAAGCAAAACCCCCCAAAUUUGAGUCUCAUUUUCUGUUCUCUUAUUCAUAAUGCAAGCAGUCUUUUCACUAACCAGAGAUAAUUUCAAGACUCCUUUAUUUUCUGAAAGAAUUAAUUGUUCUUAGUGACCAGUUGGAUGCACCCAGGAACCCGAGAGAAUAAUUUGCAAGAUCUGUUAUUAAUCACGAAGAUGCAUGCUGCAUAUUAUAUUUUAUGGUAUCUUUUAUAGCCACUGAAGUAAAUAUAAAUGUCCUUUUUGUUCAAGGUAAUGGUUACUUGCUUUUCGCUUUUGGUUUAAUGGUUGGCUUCUCGCUGCCCUGGGAUCUAAAACAUCAGCAUGUUGCCAGUGGACCCAGCACCCAAAACAGUUUUCCAAGGAGAGCAGAAAGGUGGGGAAUGCUUGGGAUAUGGGAAGUUUGAAAAUAGGCUGGGAGUAGGCUGGGAGAGACUGCUAGGCUCUUGGUAAAUAAGUGACAUCAUUGAAUUGUGCCAUUAACACUAUGCAGAGGACAGGUUAAUAGCCUCCCGCCUCUUACUGAGAAGGGAAUCGAGGCUCAGAGAGGCCUAGCAAUUUGCCUAAAGUCACACAGCUGCUGAAUAGAGGUCCAUGUUUUGUUUUUUAUUCUAUAGUGCUGUAAAUAUGGGUUACACUUGCUCCUGAAUUGGGUCUCAAGCCCCCCGAUUUUAGAGGAAAUUGGAUUUUCAGUGGAGGCAGGAAAAGGGAAUAGGUAAAGGAAAAUGAAAAUUUCUGGAAAAAGGCAUUCCUGUUUUCAUGUUCCUUGGCACCUGAGACGGGGACCUCGACUCGGACCUCGAUGAUACUGCAGAGCAAUCCGACACGGACGCUCACCACUCCCUGGCAGUGGCACUCCAUGGGCUCAUGGGCACGGUUCCCAUAGGACUGGCCUCACCUCAGUCACAAGCUGCAGGUUGGGGGUCCGCAGGCCACCUGCACUUCUGACCAACCAACUACCUCGGGGGCUUCCCACAACCCUCUUAGAUUUAAUCAUUUGCUAGAAAGACACAGAACUCAGGAAAUCACUAUACUGGUGAUUGCAGUUUUAUUAUAAAGGAGGCACAUCAGGGCAGGACAAAUGAAGGGAGACAUAGGGCGAGGUCUGGGAGUCCUGAAGGCAAACCUGUGCUCUCCAGUAGAAGAAGCAGGACCCAGAAUUCUCUGCACAUGGAUAUAUGAACUCGUGUUCAGAGUUUUGAUAGGGUUUUGUUCUGUAGUCUUGAUUAAUUGAAUUAUUGAUCUUCUACUUGAACCCAACCUCCAGACUGCCCCCCUCCAUUCCUCCGCAGAUAAGGCAGGGCUGAUAUCACCCCUGCCCCCCAUUCUGAGUCAUCAAUAUAAGCUCAGGUGUGACCCAGCCAGCACAUCAUGAAAGAUGAUACUCCUGUCAAUCUAGAAAGUCCGAGGAGUUAGAGGUUAUCUCCCAGGAGCACUGCAGGAACAGAGACCAGACAAAUGCUUUACUGUGUAACUGUCACACUGGUGUCUUGUGUACUUGGCUUGAGGAGACAUGUUUAUCAACUGGCCGCUGGCCCACUGGCCAUGGCUACCAGAGCAGUAGGAGUUGGUUCUCUCCUGGCCUCUAGUCUGUGAUUCAUCCAUAGCUCUGGUGAGCAUCUACUCAGAUCUUCACCCUGGUCCCUUCUCUGUCCUGGAGCCCACCCCGGGAUCAGAGUCACCCUCUCGCCUCCCCAGGGCCUCCUGCCAUGUCUGGAGGGCUCCAGAAUAUGAGCAUCUACAGUCUCAGCAGCACCAUGCAGAGCCUCCAGGUGGGACAUUCCAGGUGGGAGGGUACAUUCGCCUCAGCGUGAGCAAAUGUGAGUUACACUAGGCAGUGCCCUGUGGAGUGACAUCAGGCUGGUGUGGCCAGGACAGGUGCAGCCAGGAGGAGCUGGGGUCUAAGCUGGGCACUGCUGACUGGGCAAGGUCUCCACUGGCUGGAGAGCAAAGCCUCAGAGGGUGCUGUGUACCUGGCAGCCUGGCCUGUUGGAGCACUGAUGUUUGCUGGGCUGGAUCCUGAGCAUCGGUCAUUAAUGAGAGGCCUUGAAAUGGUGCCACUGCUGCUGGUGACUGGCCAGGGGGAACCGGGAGGCCAGUUCCCCAAGUGUUAAGUUUGCAAACCUUUUGGUAAAGGCCCAUUUGUUCAAGAAAGUUCUGCUUCCACCCCCCCUUCCUUCCUUUUCUCCCUGCCUCCUUUCUUUUCCCUUCUCUCCCUCUCUCCCUGCCCUCCCUCCUGCUUGCCUAUGAAGAAGUCUGCCUUGAAGCUGCGCACACUGGCUUGGCACUGUCUCCUAAAGGAAGGAUGAGGUCGUCCUUCAGCAGAGUAAAUAUCACACCUUGGACCAUAGCUUCCAUGUCGGUUUUCCCGUGGUGAGUGCCUCCUGGCUUGGUUGACUUGGCUUCUCUGGCUGCUGCCUCAGUCCGUCCAUCAGCCAGCUCCUCUCCUAGGCAGGUCACCCUGUCCCUGGCCAGCACUGCUGGGGGCAGAAAAUGCUCUUUCUGCCCAGUUCUGCAUUUGGCUUAAUAGUUUCAUUUUGAGCUAAUAGAAACACUGUGUGUUGUUUUUCCUAUUUUCUCUUUCCCUUGCAUGAGAGGAAAGGCCAGCCUGGUGAAGUGGUGAGGGUUUAAGCCCCCUGUCCCUACCCCUGCCAGACCAGCUCCCAUGCUAUCCCCCUGCAUUUUCCUUCUAGAGGGGCUUCUCAAACUUUCACAUAAACAGAUGAAUAACUUGGGCUCUUAUGAAACCACAGGUUUUGACACGGUGGGUCUGAGAUUCUGCAUCUCUAACAAGCUCCCACUGAGGCUUUGGUCUGCAGGCCACAAUGAGCGGCCAGGAUCCGGAGCCCUGGUUCUAGAGGUGGGGCCUCCAGGAGCAGCAUCAGCACAACCUGAGAGCUUGUUAGAAGUGUACAUUCUCAGGCCCCGUGUGUGAGAUUGAUGAAUCACAGUCGCCAGGGUG